AUCAUUUUGAUCGAAUAAAAUCAAGUUCUAUCCUGCUUUUGAUGAAAGAUGAAAUCUGAUUGGCUAUCAUAUAUGGCUACUGUAUUUGGUGGGGGUUGAUUGGUUAGCACUGGUUGCUGGCUUGUUGACUGGAAAUGUGAACAAUCUACAAAGGUUUCAUUCAUUUCGCCGCCAUUGUUCGAGUUCGCGUCUUCCUUUUGUUACGUUCGAGUUUCUUGUCGGGUUUUUCUGAAUUAUUCGUUGUAAUUUUAUUAAAAAUAUUAAAAUGUUUCAACAUAUGAAACGAUUUUGUCAUUCGUUGAUAGAUGUAGCUAAACCGGUAGCUACAGCUUUGGCUGAAAAUAGACCGGUGGUCGCGUUGGAAACCACCAUUCUUACUCAUGGCAUGCCAUAUCCGAUAAAUUUACAGACAGCUCUUGCUGUCGAAGAACUCGUUAAAGAACAGGGUUCAGUUCCUGCGACAAUUGGAGUAAUGAAUGGUCGCAUUAAAGUAGGAUUGGAUGAGCAAUCAUUGGCCGUCUUAGCUUCGUCGGAUACCGAAAGUAUCAAAAUAUCUAGAAGAGAUUUCCCCGUAGCAAUUAGUCGUGGUCUAUGCGGUGGUACUACGGUUGCUGGCACUCUGGUUGUAUCCAAACUGGUCGGAAUUGAUGUCUUUGUAACAGGUGGUAUUGGCGGAGUUCAUCGCGAUGUAACGGAAAGUAUGGAUAUCAGCGCUGAUUUGAUGGAAUUAUCUCGUAGUCCUAUCAUGGUUGUUUCCAGUGGCAUAAAAUCGAUUCUAGACAUCAGUCGUACAUUGGAAUAUUUGGAAACUCUUGGUGUUUGUGUUGUUACGUACGAUGAUUCGAAAGAUUUCCCCGCAUUUUAUACUCGCAAAAGUGGUCACCAAAGUGUGUACAAUGUCACUACUCCGCUUCAAGCUGCUGAAUUAUUAUACAACGUUAAGAAGCUAGGAUUAGAAUCUGGUAUUUUGUUGGGUGUACCUAUUCCGGAACAAUAUUCGUUGAAUGAGCAAAGUAUUCAAAACGCUAUAGAGAAUGCUUUGAAAUGUUCUAAAGAGAAAGGUUUAUCGGGCAAAACGAUCACUCCGUUUAUUCUCGGCGAAGUGAGUAAAAUUACCGAAGGCAGAUCUUUAGAUUCAAAUAUCGCCCUUAUCAAGAAUAACGCCGUAGUUGGGAGUAAAAUUGCAGUCGCUUUGAAAGAGAAGAAAUUUCUCCAAUCAUCAUCUGGUUCUACAAAUUCUCAUAGAAAAUAUUCUACUCGUGCGGUCGACAUCCCAAAGAAUUUUCCUUCGAAGAAAGUGGUUGUUAUCGGCGGAUCAAAUAUGGAUAUCCUUGUUCGUCCUGAUGAACCUUUGCAGGUAGGACUUGGUUUACACGAUGGUAAUAAUACACUUUAUCUACAUAAUUUAUUUUCAUUUAUCAACAUAAACAAAGACAAAAAAGAAUACAUGAUAACAAAUUAA